CGCGGGGAGGCGGGAGGCUGUACAGCUGGCAAUUUACUCUGGGUCUCAGCUCUCACUCACGUUAAUUGGCACCUCGCUGGCCUCAAAUUGAACCCAGGCUUUAGAUGCUCACAUUAACGCAUCUUUUGGAUUAAUAAUUUUAUUUUUUUAGCAGAUUUUUGGCGCUGGUUCAACCUUGGACAAAGAUCUUUUUCAUCGGAGCUGCCACUGUCCGUUGGGGCCGUUAUAACCGCCUCCACCGUUAAGACAACCCUUGCCAAUGGACAGAUCCAAGCAUCGGUGCCACUUGUCCAUCUUGCUACUUGGUCUACUACUACCAACAUGCUUAUCACAAACCACACCAACGCCCUCUGCCUCCCCUUUGCCCUCCCCCUCCGCAUCUCAGGCAGAUCGGCUCCGAGUACGACUCACCGGAUACCCCCGAAAACACAACGAGGGUCGGGUGGAGCUCUUCUAUAAGGGCGAAUGGGGCACCAUCUGUGACGACGACUUCUCCAUUCAAAACGCCAACGUCCUCUGUCGACAACUGGGGUUCGUCUCCGCCACGGGAUGGACCCACAGCGCUAAGUACGGCAAAGGACAAGGUAAAAUCUGGCUGGACAAUGUGAACUGUAACGGUGGAGAGAAGAGCAUUGAAAACUGCAGAUCUCGCGGUUGGGGAAACAGUGACUGCACCCACGAUGAAGACGCUGGGGUGGUGUGCAAAGAUGAAAGGAUCCCUGGGUUUGUGGACUCAAACGUCAUUGAUGCCCAGGUGGAUGAGAAUAAGAUCGAGGAGGUGCGGCUGCGUCCUGUGGUGAACAUGGCCAAGAAGAAGCGUCCCGUCACAGAAGGGGUGGUGGAGGUGCGGUACAAGGACGGCUGGGCGCAGGUCUGUGAUGUGGGCUGGACCAUCAAAAACACACGUGUGGUCUGCGGCAUGCUGGGAUUCCCACACGAGAGGAAAGUCAACAAGAACUUCUACAAAAGCCUCAAAAAGCGUGCGGCUGUGAAGGUGUCCAAGUCAAAGGUCAAUGUUGUAUCGAGUGGAAGGCAGACACCUAAACCUAAAGUUAACACUAAACUGAGCAAUGCUGGCAAAAGGCUGUAUUUAGAGCGUCAGAAGAGCUACUACCACGUGCACUCUGUUGCCUGUACCGGAACAGAAGUGCAUCUCGCUGCCUGCCCCCUGGAGUUCAAGAAACCCAAUGGCACCUUCACCUGUGGAGGGUCUGCAGCGGUGGUCAGCUGUAUGCCUGGACCACUCUUCAUGCAGAACUCUGGGCUCAAGAAGAAACUCAAAACAUCAACCAACGUGCGUCUGAAAGGAGGAGCGAAGGUGGGUGAGGGCCGUGUGGAGGUGCUCAAAGGCUCGGAGUGGGGCACAGUUUGUGACGAUCGCUGGAACCUGCAGUCGGCCAGUGUCGUGUGCAGAGAGCUGGGCUUUGGCAGCGCCAAGGAGGCUCUGACCGGGGCGCGCAUGGGACAAGCAAUGGGUCCGAUCUACAUGAACGAGGUGAAGUGUGUGGGGACAGAAAAGUCGAUUUGGAACUGUCCCUUUAAAAAUGUCACGUCUGAAGACUGUCAGCACACGGAGGACGCCGCUGUGCGCUGCAACAUACCCUACCUCGGCCUGGAGAACUCGAUCCGCCUCACGGGGGGUAGGACGAGGUACGAGGGGCGCUUGGAGCUGCUCAUUUCGGACGCUAAUGGCACCGAGAGCUGGGGCCUGGUCUGUGGAGAGGGCUGGAGCAACAAAGAAGCAACUGUGGCCUGUAGGCAGCUGGGGCUCGGAUACGCUAACCAGGCUAACCAAGAAACAUGGUAUUGGGACAGCAGUAAUGUGACGGAGAUGGUGCUGAGUGGAGUGAAAUGCACCGGGAAUGAGAUGUCUCUGAGUCAAUGUCAACAUCACAAAACCGUGACCUGCCAAAGAGCCGCUGCUAAAUUCGCUGCUGGAGUCAUCUGCUCCGAGACUGCAUCUGACCUGAUCCUGAACGCCUCCCUGGUACAGCAGACUGUGUACAUAGAGGACCGGCCUCUGCACAUGCUGUACUGUGCAGCUGAGGAGGACUGUCUGUCUAAAAGUGCUGCUCAGGCAAACUGGCCAUACGGACACAGACGCCUGUUGCGCUUCUCCUCCCAGAUUCACAACAUCGGACGAGCCGACUUCAGACCCAAAGCAGGCCGGCACUCAUGGGUCUGGCACGCCUGUCACGGUCACUACCACAGCAUGGACAUCUUCACUCACUAUGACCUGUUAAACUCCAACGGCACCAAAGUAGCUGAAGGUCACAAAGCCAGUUUCUGCCUGGAGGACACGGACUGCCAAGAAGGAGUUUCUAAGAGAUACGAAUGUGCUAACUUUGGGGACCAGGGCAUCACAGUGGGCUGCUGGGACUUGUACCGCCAUGACAUCGACUGUCAGUGGAUCGACAUCACCGACGUCAAACCUGGAAACUACAUCCUACAGAUUGUGAUAAAUCCAAAUCAUGAAGUGGCAGAGAGUGACUUCACCAACAAUGCCAUGAAAUGUAACUGUAAAUAUGACGGACAUCGGAUCUGGCUCCACAACUGUCACACAGGGGAUGCCUUCAGUGAAGAGGCAGAGAAGAAGUUUGAGAAAUACCCUGGACAGACAAACAACCAGAUUUCAUAAUCAAAAAUAACAUUAGUUUUAGUUUAGUGUAAAAUGACUCAGCAGAUGGUGAAUUUUGUAUGAUUUUAUACUUGAAUAUUCAAGUGCUAUCAAGUCAAUUCAAGUGACAAUUCAAAUGGUGGAAAGUCCUCAAAAUGGUGCUUAUAAACAGGAAGAGGAAACCCAUGAAUAUGUCUCAAACAGGAUUUUAGGGAAUAGUCUACAUGACUUUGAAGGUUUGAUCAAGGCUUUAAAAUGUCAGAUGUUUACACAGAGAAAACAAAAGCAUUAGUAAAGUAUUUUUGUCAUGUUAUGAAUGAGUUUUACAAUUAUGUUAAGUUUUUGCUUUAAGUUUUUGUAAUACCUGAUUUCUAGCUAUUUUGCCUCCACUGAUAAAUUUUGAAUGUAUUUAUUUCAAACAAAGGUGCUCUGAAGCUAAUUUGAAGUCGCUGUAGAGUUAUUUUUGUGUGGUUUAUGAAGCUUUAUGGUCUAGAACUACCAAUCCAAAAUUCAGUUAUUAUAUAAAACAGAUGUAACAUGCUUCACAAAAUAAAAUGAUCACAACUGA